GACUUUGAGGCCUCAGCCCUCACCCUCAUAAUCUAUGGAAACUUGAACUAGGGAAUAUUUCACCGGCAAGCACUAACUGGCGACUAAGUGUAAUUUUCAUCUUUUCCUUUUUUUGUCUUUUUUCCCCUCAAUUUAUUCACGUUAGUAGGAAAUUUCAUUCCAUUUAUAACAACAGAAAGUAGAAGUAGGUUACAAAGUGCAACCUUUCUCGGCCUGUUUAGUUACUCAUCAUGACCACUCAAGGAGCCUCUUCCUCUUCCUCUGGUUUCACUCAUUCUUGGAAAUACGAUGUCUUUCUGAAUUUUAGAGGCACAGAUACACGCAACAAUUUCACAGGUCAGUUGUACAACUACUUGACUAAAAAGGGAAUCAAAACCUUUAUGGAUGAUGAGCUUUGUAAAGGACAGGAAAUAUCGCAAUCUCUUCUCACAUCAAUUGAAGGAUCCAGGAUUUCUGUCGUGGUGUUCUCUCAAAAUUAUGCAUCUUCAAAGUGGUGUCUGGAUGAACUUGUGAAAAUUGUUCAAUGUAAAGAAUCAAGGCAUCAACUGGUGUUGCCCAUUUUUUACAAGGUGGAACCUGCAGAUGUCAGAAACCAAAGAGGUAGUUUUGAUGAGGCACUUUCUCGCCAUAAGUGCAAAUUCAAGGAUGAUCUGGACAAAGUUCUAAGAUGGAGAACUGCUCUUACACAUGCAGCAAACUUAUCUGGAUGGACUUUCUCAAAAGGGUCAGAAUUGAAAUUUAUCCAUGAGAUUGUUGAAGAGAUUUCAGCACAUGUAUAUAAACGUACCCAUUUACAUGUUGCUGAACAUGCGGUUGGAAUAGAGUCACAUGUACAAAAUGUGCUCAAGCUUUUAGCUAUUGGGGAAUGGAAUGUCCGCAUGGUAGGAAUAUGGGGAACAGGUGGAAUUGGAAAGACAACAAUUGCUAAAGCGAUAUACAAUUCAAUUGUUCACGAGUUUGAAUUUGGUUGCUUUUUGGCAAAUGUUAGAGAAGAAUCAAUACCAUAUGGAGGUCUAGUAAAUUUACAAAAUAUUGUUCUUUCCAAGAUUCCGGGGGGAAAAGAUGUCAAGGUAACUAAUGUUGAUGAAGGGAUCACUUUGAUAAAGGAAUUGUUGAGUCAUAAAAGGGUCCUCUUAAUUCUUGAUGAUGUGAAUCAAUUGAAUCAGUUGAACAAAUUAGCUGGAGGGCCUGAUUGGUUCGGUUUGCAAAGUAGAGUAAUUAUAACAACAAGAGAUACACAUUUACUGUGUGCUCAUCAAGUAAAUCUGAUAUACGAGGUUAAGAAAUUAUGUUUGAAAGAAGCUUGUGAGCUCUUCAAUAGUUGGAAUGGUCGGUUAGCAAAUAGAGAAUUGGUUGAUUAUGAGAAUUGUUCUGACCAAAUUACUCGCGAAUUGCAGAGUGUAGUACAUUAUGCUCAAGGCUUACCAUUAGCUCUUAGAGUUUUAGGGUCGGUUUUACGAGGUAGAAGUAUAGAUGAAUGGAAUGUUGUAUUAGAUGGUUAUAAAAAAGUUCCUAACAAAGAGAUUCAAGAUAUUCUCAAAAUCAGUUUUGAGGCACUAGAAGAUCCGGUCAAAGAAGUUUUCCUCGACCUUGCAUGUUUCUUGAAAGGUAGAAACAAAGACUAUGUAAUGCAAGCACUGGACGGUUCUGACCUUAACCCCGAGUUUUCCAUUACAGUUCUAGUAGAAAAGGCGCUCAUAAACAUUGAUGAGAACAAGUGUAUUUGGAUGCAUGACUUGAUGGAAGAAAUGGGUAAAGAAAUCAUUCGUCAAGAGUCACCUGGAGAACCUGGUAAACGUAGCAGAUUAUGGUUUCAUGAAGAUGUCUAUGAUGUUCUGACAGAAAAUACUGGAACAAACAAAGUUAAAGGCAUCAUUGUGAAAUUGCCCGAAGCAAGUAAGAUAUCCUUGAAUCCAAAAUGCUUUAAAAAGAUGAAAAGUCUUCAACUUUUUAUAAACAUUAAUGCAAGCUUCUCAGGGGAGGUUCAUUAUCUCCCUAACCAAUUGAGGUUCCUUGAUUGGCCUGGAUGUCCACUACAAUCUUUGCCAUCCAUCUUUAAUCCGAAGAAUCUUGUUUCAUUCAAUAUGCCUGGAAGUCAAAUCUCACGGUUGGGUGGAGGAUUCAAGAGUUUCCACCGUUUGAAAUCUAUGAACUUGGAAGGUUGUAAAUCCUUGACAGAAGUCCCCAACUUCUCUGGCAUGUUCCCAAGCUUAGAGACCCUAUGUCUAAGCUAUUGUAUGAGUUUGGUUGAGCUGCAUCCUUCUGUUGGAUCCCUUGAAAAACUUGUUGACAUAAAUCUUGCAGGAUGCCAUAGCCUCACUAUGUUUCCAAGAAUAGACAACUCAACCUCUUUGCGUUCUAUUGACCUUAGAGGCUGCACACGUCUUGAGCAUUUUCCGGAAAUUGAGGAGAAGGUGGAAUCCUUAACAACAUUGAUUCUCACAAAGACUGGCAUCAAAGAGUUGCCUUCAUCAAUUAAUAAUCUCAUUAGUCUCGAAGUGUUACAUGUCGGAUUUUGUAGCAGCCUUAGGCAGAUUCCACAGAGCAUUUAUGACUUGCAGCAGUUACAGACGUUCUGUUUACAAAAUGGUCCAAAGUUUGUUACCCUUACUAAUACAAUGAACUCUGGAGUGCUUCCGACUAAUCCAAAUGUUGCAGAUGACAAAUAUGGCUCUACACCAGAAAGUAAUGAUGAAGCCAGUUUACGGCUUCCAAAUCUACGAAGUUUCAUGGCAGGAGACUGCAAUUUAUCGGACACUGAUUUCCUUGUUAGUCUCGAUUGUGUGUCAACACUAGAAAGAUUAGAUCUCUCUGGAAAUUUUUUUGAAAGUCUUCCUCUAUGCUUUACCAAAUUUGCCAGCUUGACAUAUCUUGACUUGGAUGGUUGCAAAUGGCUGCGAGAAAUUCCAGAACUUCCACCAAACGUGGAAAGUUUACAUGCGAGAAAUUGCAGUUCAUUGAAAAGAAUUGCAAAUCUGUCAAACAUUUUGGAACAAAAAGGGUCAAAAAUGAUUAACCAUAUGAACUUGACAAAUUGUUGGAGACUGCGUGAUCGUCUGGCUCAGGACGUCAAGAAGAUGAAUAGUACUUUAUUGAUCAAUGAGGUCACUCUCUUCUCCCUCUGUCUCUCUUCUCUACAAUCUGAGUUCCAGGUUGUAUUUCCAGCAAGUGAUGUUCCAGAGUGGUUUAGCUGUCAAAUGGAUUUCACUGCAGGGUUUCCCUUUUAUGAAUUUUCUUUUGACAUCGUUCCACAUUUGCAAUUAGAGAACACAGGACUGGCCAUCUGUGUUGCUCUUGAAAAGCCACAAUCUAAUUACCGUUAUCAGUGCGACUUCGAGGUCCAUUUUUCUUUCAAUCAUCAUCGUCCUUGGCCUGAUAGAGUCCUCGGAGAAAUUGAUGCAACAGAGCCGGCUCAUGUGUUCAUGUAUUAUUACCCCUUCUCUAAAAUUCCGCCAUUUCUUCGUUUAAUUCCUCCGCCUGUUACAUUUCAAGUUACAAUCGUAUGUCGUCUCGCGGAUGAUGGGGACGACCCUCCUAUCAAAAGCUGCGGGGUACAUCUUGUAAUGCCACCAAAUGAGGACGUCUCCAUAAAGAUUUCCAAGUCACAGAAGCUCCCGCCCGAAGAGACUCUUGACCUGAAGACUAGGAGAACGGACAAGGUUGAAGAUGACUACAAGCUUUCUGAAGACGAUGAAGAUGAUGAAGAACCCCUUUAGAGUCACUCGAUGAACUCGAAGAUCCUACUCCUACUGGAAUUAAUUUCUCAAGUUUAUUUAGUAUUUUAUAAACCUAUUUUCGUAGUAAUGCUUGCUGUCUUUCCUUUUUUUUCUUACCAUGUCUUAAAAAAAAAAAAAAAUCAGGUUUACAGACAUUUGUUUUCAACUAUUGUUAUAAAGUAUAAACACA